UUAAUACUGACGUACAGAAGCUCAUUCCUCCGGAAUAUCCGCAAUUUUGCGGUCUGGUUUUUAGCUGCUUCGGGCUUUGUUCAACUUAUCGAUAACCCUGGAGAAGCUGGGGAGCGGUACGGACCCCACGGAGAACCCAUGCCUAGCUGCGCAAGCACUCUAACCUGUAGCUAGCUCGCUCGCUCUCUCCUUGGCACCCGCCAGGCCCCCAGCCGCUCCCAUCGCCCAAAUCCUUUCAAACAAGGUUCCCUCCUGCCACCUGCCGGCCCAUUAGGGUCUACGCCUCGGGCUCGGCGCCACUGCGCAACUCACGCGGAGCCGCCCCCGCCUCCCUACUGCACAUGCCCGGCAGAAGUCCGGGCGCGCAACUUUGCAGAACCUCUCCGCCCCAUUUGUCUUCGCCUCAGUCUCCUCUUUCCUCUCCCAGGCGAGAGGACCAGCGGAGGCACCUCUCCCCGAGUCUUAGGCUGCAGAGUCUAAGACUUAGAGAGAGGAGCCUGGGAGGAGAUAGACUUUUUCUCCCCUUUUCCCAUCCCUUCUUUUUGCCCAGAGAGGCAAAUAGAGGCGCGGAGCUUUAGAAAGUUGAGUGGUCAAGAAGGUAGGUGCUUCCUUUUUCUCCUCGCGCCGAGGUGGGGCUGGGACCUCCGGACCCAGCUUCUUAACCUCGCGAGGAGCACCUUUUCCGGCUCUAGCAGCCGAUGCUCUUCGGAGCUGCUCUCUGCAGAGCCAGAGGGUGGGUCGGAUUCGCCGAGUGUGUGUGAGGAUGGAUCGCAGAUCCCGAGCUCAGCAAGGGCGCCGAGCUCGCCACAGUUACAACGAUCUGUGCCCACCCCUAGGCCGCCGGGCAGCCACCGCACUCCUCUGGCUCUCCUGCUCCAUUGCUCUCCUUCGCGCCCUCGCCACCUCCAGCGCCCGCGCCCAGCAGCGCGCGGCUGCCCAGCGCCGGAGCUUCCUUAACGCCCACCACCGCUCCGCCGCCCAGGUAUUCCCCGAGCCCCCCGAAUCCGACCACGAGCACGAGGAGGCAGACCUCGAGCUCUCCCUCCCCGAGUGCCUGGAGUACGAGGAAGAGUUCGACUACGAAUCCGAGACCGAGUCUGAAAUCGAGUCGGAGACCGACUUCCAGAGCGACCCUGAGACCGCCCCCACCACUGAGCCCGAGACCGAGCCCGAGGACGAGCGCGGCCCCGUGGUGGCCAAGCGCCGCACCUUCGACCAGUCUCUCACUGAGCGUCUCAACGCCCUGAGGUUGCAGAGCCCCGACGCCUCCCCGAGUCGCGCGCAGCCCAGCACUCGGGAGUCUGAGAGCCCCAGACAAGGGGAGGAGCCCGAGCCCGAGGACAAGGAUCCGAGGGACCCCGAGGAGUCUGAGCAGCCAAAGGAGAAGAAGCAGCGACGGCGCCGCUGCAAGCCGAAGAAGCCCACCCGCCGCGACCCAUCUCCGGAGUCUCCUUCCAAAAGGGGACCCAUCCCCAUCCGGCGUCACUAAUGGAGGACGCGCCCCAGAUUCUCCUUGUUUUCUUUGACCCAGGUUGGUGACCAACCGCUAAACUGGGGAGUCUGGGGUCGGUGCUGGAGCGGUGGGAGGAAGGGAGGGAGAAGCAAAGGCAGGUUAGAAGGCAGGCGGGAAGAGAGCGGGCUCAGCUAGUUAGCCCUGGAGGCGGGGGCGCAGGGCGAGCUAGGAAGAGCUCCGCGAAUCUCCCCCGGGGCGCUGGCGGGCGCCCGGGUGGCCAAAGGCCUGUUGGCCAGAGGGGCGGCGGGGCGCUCCUCGCGCCCCUCUGGAGACAGCCUGAGGUCUCCGAGCUGGUGUCCAGGAUGCACGACUGAAUUCCGGGAGCACCCCAGGUUUCGAGCUGCACACCCAGAAGGCACGGGUAAGUACUUUGUUUUACGUGCUUUUUUCCCUCCUAGAGUAAGUAGUCUCAAACCAGUUGGCCUUGGCGGGUGCCCGAAACGUGGUUCGGAGGUGCUCGCGCCAACUUUCAGAAAGCAGAGCCGCCCGGCGGUAGCGACACUGUUGCAAUGUGCGAAUACUAACCAGGCUGGGAUUGGGCGACAACUCCGGAGACUGCCGGCUCCCGGGGAAAGUUGCGCGCGCACGCGCGCACCGCUUAAGACACUCGGAGCCUAGAGCCCAGGUCCCGUCGCUGUCAAUUU